AAUUAAUUUACACGAGAUAACGUCCAAGUGGCGUAGAAAACUACCCGGAUGAGGUCUUUUGCAUGUUAAAAUGGCACGGUGUUCAAGUUUUCUCCUCUUUUUCACAUUGGCCGUUGUUGGGCAAGCAUUAACACCUACUACAUUCUUUACAACUAAUGAUCAAGCAAGACUGAGAGCACAUUUUUUAGCAGCAAGCCCAUACAAAGACCUACCAACAGCUCAUUAUUCCAUAUUAGGUCUUACACUGCUUGGUGCUGCUGUACCAAAUAAUCAAGAAGCAUGCAAGUAUGCACAAUCAAAAUAUGAUCCACUUAAAGUGGAUUCAGUCUAUUUUGCUUCGAGCAUCAGUAAAGCCCUAAAGGGUUGUAUGCUGCCACCAGAUGCAGGUCAAACCCUUGCAGAUGCUGUCAAUGAGAACAGCUCGGUACAAGAUCUGUUCUAUGUCGUCUCUGCGAUGAAAAAUCUUAACCAGGUUAUUGACUCACCAAAAGUUAGCAAAGUUCUGUCUGCACUGCUCAAAAAAGACGAUAGCAUCGCUAGUCUUGGCUACUCAUUUCACAUAGCAGCCAUGCUCAGUGGAAAUGUGGACACCUUCUUUGAUAGAAUAGAAGAUGCAAUUGUGCAGGCAGAUGAGGUUGAUGGAAAAUAUUUACAGUUUGAGCAAGGGGCUGGAACAACGGCAUUGGUGGCAAUUGGAGCCUAUCAACUAGCAGAAACAUUAAACAAGCCACCACCUAUCAGUGCAAACCAAGCAAUGAAGUUUGCAAACUACUUUGUGCAUCGAAAGCACACGGCUAACUACCGCAGUGCGUAUCUAGUUCUGAGAGCACUGAAGACGUUCACGAACAACAAGUUCCACAUUCCAAUAGCGGUGACGAUGGCCGGCCAGACAGCUGUUUCGCUGGAGAGUCCAACUGUCACUGUGCAGGUCUCCAACCUGCUCGGCGAAUCCCUGGGAAAGUUAAACGUCGUCGCCGAAAAGGCAACGCGUCUUGACGACAGCGCAGUGGUGCUCAGCAAGCGUCCUUUGAAGCCAGUGCCUGGGGGCGAUCAAACGCUUUACGAAUUCAAUUUGAUGACUGAGGCAAAGCCAAGCCGGGGAUUCUAUGAGAUUGCUAUCGACGUCACUUCUGGCGACGUGAAUGAGAAGCGUCUGCUAUCAACAUCAGAUGCCCUGGUCUCAGUAAAGGUUACCACAGCUGUCAUGGUUGCUGACGCUGAAGUGUCGUUGGUGGACAGGGAUCAGUCCACUGCUCCCAAAGGAAAUAAGGUCAACUACCCGAGCAAGGUGGCCACGGUAAUGGAGGCGGACUACCACCAGAAGCUUCUCAUGAAGUUCAUGCUGAAGGACAAGUUAACUCAAGAAGUGAUGAAAGUGCACCAGGCGUUUGUGAUGUUUACGAACAAGAACACCAAACAGGAGAUCAUCUAUGUAGCUGAGCCAGACACCAAGGAUGUGUACAAGUUUGACCUGGAUGUAGCUGGGAAAGCAGCCGAAUUCAGUGGCGUAUCCGGUCAAUAUUUGAUGUCGCUAAUCAUCGGUGAUGCUGUCAUUACCAAUCCUUUCACCUGGAAUAUUGCUGAGGUCAAGCUUAAGUUUCCAGAAGGUUUGGGCAAAGAUAAUGAUGAUGGCACUGCUAGUCCAUAUGCAGUGAAGCCAGAAAUUAAGCAUCAGUUUAGAGAGCCAGAGAAGCGACCUCCAAGCAUCAUCUCCAACGCAUUCACGGCACUAGUUUUGGUGCCAGUUCUCGUUCUGUUAAUCAUGUGGUUCAAGAUUGGCGUAAAUAUGGGCAACUUCCCGUUCUCACCAAGUGCUCUGGGAUUCCAUCUGGGCUUAACUUGUAUCUUUGGCCUGUACUAUUAUUUCUGGAUUCAGCUGAACAUGUUUGACACAAUGAAGUAUCUCACCAUUGUUGGUGGUAUCACCUUCUUCUUUGGCAACAGACUCCUUGGAAGCAUUGCAUCUAAACGGUGAGUGUAUAGAUGCUGAAACAAGACAAAACAGAGGCACAAGACUCGGAGACCUAGUCCAGAGCCAAGCCUUGGCAGUUUCACAACCUUCCUGUGCAGAUUGGCUGCAAUGCAUGCAUAGAUGUGAUGUAAUACGAACUGGUGAAUUGGGUGUAUGUUGCAGUGAUGAUUAAUAAUAGAAUUUUUAUAAGUCUAAAAUUAUCGUCUUUUUUGUAUGUGGCUUUGUUUCAUCGAUUGAUCCCGUUGUCGUUGUACUUGUAUUGCACUGUGUAUUGUAUGUGGGUGCGUGCGUGCGUGAUCACAUGAGUGGCAGUCUGUACCCUCUUAGAGAAUUAUGCAGCAAGUUAUAUGUACUUGUAUGUAUACAAAUUCGAAUUUAAUUGGUUUCAGUAAGUUGUAACGAUUGUGAGAACAAUCCAUAUAAAUAUACCUUAUAAAUCUGCUUUGCUCUUUUACUAAAAGUUAUCAUUUUGUACAUAAGCAUGUUCUGUGCUGAUCCACACACAGUAUAUAACCCAAUAAUAUAUAUAUAUAUAUAUAUAUAUAUAUAUAUAUAUACUAACUUAUUUACACAGUUAGUAUAACAUUGAAAUAAACAAGAUACACUGUACUACGAAAAUCCUAAAGUCGAAAGUCACUGGAAAUUAUUGUGUGGAACAAAUACUAGCCAGGUAUAUGCAAAUGUUAAUGCUUUUUAAUAAUUUAGUGUACUGAUUAAAUGUUUUGUUGUUACAUCUAUGGUAGGCAGCUCGUUUCCAUUUACACUGUUGAUUUCAAAUGAUAAUUUCCUAAAGGCAAUAAACAGUUUAAUACACAUUCCAA